AUGGAUAAGAGUAUUUGUGAAAGUGUGGCUUCGUCCAGUGACUUUAUGAUAUAUAAUGUGUUGUCAGGAGGUAGAGAAAAAAGCAAGCAGACUUUAAAUGAGAUAAAAGAAUUACAAGAACAAAAUGAGGAGGUUAUGAAAAAUGAAUUAAAAGAAUAUGACGUUGUUAAUAAAUUAAUAUAUGAACGUAUUGAUAGCCUUCCUAAUAUUAUGAGUGAAUAUGAUAACUCUAUUAAGAGUAUUAUAAAUAUGGAUCAUAUGAAUAAUAUAGAUAAUAUAUAUAAUGUGAAUAAUAUAUAUAAUGUGAAUAAUAUAUACAAUGUUAAUAAUAUAAAUAAUGCCGAUAAUAAUAAUAAUAAUAAUAAUAUAGACCAUAAAAGCUAUGAAGAUAUUUUAACAUGUACUAUAGAAAGAGAUUAUGUUGAUAAUAUGAAAGAAUCCCCAAUUAGUCAUAUGAAAGAUGAUCAUGUAAAAAAAAAUAAAAAUAAUCAUAUAAGAGAUACAGAUAUGAAGAGCACACAAUCAUUUAAUUAUAAUAUAACAGAAGAAGACAAAAUAAAUAUGAAUGAAAAAAAUAAUUCUGCAGUAAAUAAUAUGGGGAUAACGAAAGAUGAUAAAUUAUAUAAUAAUGGGAAUUCCUUUCUCAUGAUAAAAAAAGAUCAUUCAGAUAAUAUGUAUAAAAAAGGUAAUGCACCUAUUAAUAUAUCAUCAUUAAAAUGUAAAAUUGAAAAACAAAAAUUGACUUUGUCAGACAUGAAUAAUUAUAUAACAGAAGAAUAUUUAAACAGCAGUAUACAUAAAAUAAGGAAACUAUCAUGUAGUGAUGGUGCUAUAUUAAAUAAUAAACAUAAAAAUAAUUUUGAAUUAAUAGACGAAUCUAAUAAUAAUUUAACAAACAUUAAUAUAAAUAAUCCAAAAGAAGAAGAUAUUUUUCUCAUGGAUACUUCAGUUAGAGAUGAAAAAGAUAUAUCUUUAAAGUGGAAUGACCUGAACAAUUCAGAUAAAAAUAUAGAUGAAAGUAAUAAUAAAAAUGAGAAAGGUCAUGAUAUGAAUAAAAUUAGUCACAAUAAAGAAUAUAUAAAAAGUGUUAGUUUUUUUAUGAAGGAUACUAAGGAUGAUAAAAUGUCCCAUUCGUUAUAUACAUCCAAUGAGGAGACAACUAGUUUGAAUGAUUUAAAAAGGGUACAUACAUAUCCCUCUAAAAAGAAUUUAUUAAAGGAUAUGGUGUCAUCUAUCAAUUUGGUGAAGGAUGAUAAUAUUUCCUCUGUUAUUUGUGGAGAAAAUAUAAGUGAAUUCAAUAAGGGGACAUUUGGCAAAGCUGAUUUGAGUAGUAAGAUAAAUGAUAAUUACUUUAAGGAAGAUGAUAAUAAAAAUGGUAACAAUGGUGAUAAUAAUAAAGAUGAAAGUAAUAUUAAUAAUGAUGAAUAUAAUAAUGAUGAUAAUAAUAUUAAUAAUGAUCAAUAUAAUAAUGAUGAUAAUAAUAUUAAUAAUGAUGAAUAUAAUAAUAUUGAUCAAUAUCAUCAUUGUGGUGAUACAAUAAAGCAAAAGGAAACACCCUCUAUUGCUCAUAAAAUAAAACACGAAGCUAUAUCCGAAAACGAUAUGAACAGCGAAAAAAGUUACAGUAGCCAACUUCUUUAUGAAGAUAAAUUAUAUUAUAUGCUAAAUAAUAAUAGUCUAGAAAAUUUAAAUUAUACUGUUAUAGAAAAAUAUUCAAGUAAUGUAAAAAAUAUCAAAGAAGUGAGCGAUAUUUGUUUCAGAUUUUCUAGAUUAAUUAUUGGAAAAAAUUUUAUAAAAAAUUUAGAAAAAUACCAAAAAUUUUAUAUAAGUUAUUGUAUACCUAUAACAUAUGAAAUUUUGUCAUCCAAUAGUACAGACUGUAGUAAACAAAGAAGACAAACUAUGAAUGAGAAUUAUUUAAAUAAAAAAUACAGAAAAAAAAAUUCAUCAAUUAAUUUUUCAUUUAAAAAUGGAAAGAAAGGAGAAACUACAGAAAAAUGUAAAAAUGGAAAGAAAGCAGAAUCUACAGAAAAGUGUAACAAUGGAAAGAAAGGAGAAACUACAGAAAAGUGUAAAAAUGCUUUAGAAUUGGAGGAAGCAAAAUUUUGUGAAAAAAAUAAUAGUUCAGAACAUCAAAGUUAUGUGAAUAAUAUAUCUUAUGAUAAUUGUAAUAAUAAUAUAAAAAAUAGCAAAUUUCGAAACUAUACACAACUCAAUAAAAGAAAGAGUAGUAAUAUAAUUGAAAAAAGUGUCAUUAUAUAUGAUAGUCAUUAUAUUGAAGGCAAAUAUAUAAAUAAAAAUAAUGUCGAAUUUUUACAAGAUAUUUAUCAUAAAGUAGAUAAUAAUAUAUUUGAUAAAAUUGAAAAUGUUUCUUUUUUAUUAUGUGCUACAUUAAAUAAAAAAAAAAAUAAUCCACAAGGUUAUAAUUCAUCUAUAUUGUUGCAACAAAAAAAUAAUAAUAUAUUGAAAUUAUUAAAUUAUCCAUUUGUCAUACCAAAUAAUUGUGAAAUUUUAGGAAUAGCCGAAAUUCCUUUUAUUCCUAUACCAAAUUUGGAAUUACCUAUAAAGGAGCUAGCUAUUCCAAAUAAUUGUUUUCAGAAUUUAAUAAAAGGUCCUUCUAUAUUAUUUUAUUUGUAUAUAGACAUAUUGGAGAGGUCCUUACCUGUUCAAAAGAAUAAAUAUGAGGAAGAUAAUAUGAAAAGUGUACAUAAUCUAAAGGAUGAAUUAAGUAGUACAGAAAAAGCAAGAAUUUCAGACAGUAUGGGGAAAAUUAUUGAGAAGGAUAAUGAUAUUUUUAAUAAAAAAGUAGAUGGAGAUAUGAAUGUGCUAAAUGAGGAUAUACAGAAGAGUUCAGAAUUAAUUAAAUCAAAUGUGCAAGUAGAUUAUAUGAAUAAUAUGUGCAUGAAUGGUGAAAAUGAUGUUUUUGAGAAUAUAAACAUUUGUGAUGAUAUAAACAUUUGUGAUGAUACAAACAUUUGUGAUGAUAUAAACAUUUGUGAUGAUAUAAACAUUUGUGAUGAUAUAAACAUUUGUGAUGAUACAAACAUUUGUGAUGAUACAAACAUUUGUGACAAUAUAAACAUUUGUGAUAAUAUAAACAUUUGUGAUAAUAUAAACAUUUGUGAUAAUAUAAACAUUUGUGAUAAUAUAAACAUUUCGGAUAAUAUAAAUUGUUUUGAUAAUAUAAACAUUUCUGGUAAUAUAAAUUUUUCUAAUAGUUUAAACACAUCCAACAAUUUAAACAUUUCUAAUAACGAAGUAGCUUCCCGAAAUGUAGAUACUUUAAUGUUAUCUGAUAAGUUGAAGGUGUCAACAGAUGAAAUAAAAACAAAUGAUGAAAAAAAAAAUUAUGAACAUGUUCAGGUGAAUAUUAACAAGUCAGGUAAUAAUUUGGAACAUCAGUUAAAUUCUGAUGAAAAUGAAAAAAUGAGAAGAUCGUUAAAGAGUGAAUACUCUGAGGAUAAGGAAUUUGAGGAAUUGAUUGAAGAAAAGGAGGAAAGAAAAAAUAAUGCAAUUGUUAAUAAAAUGAAUAGUGUUGAUAAAAUGAAUAGUGUGGAUAAUAUUAACAUUGUGGAUAAUAUUAACAGUGUGGAUAAUAUUAACAGUGUGGAUAAUAUUAACAGUGUGGAUAAUAUUAACAGUGUGGAUAAUAUUAACAGUGUGGAUAAUAUUGUUGAAGAAUCGAUGAAUAAAUUAAAAGUAAAGGAAAAUACUUUAGAUGAAAAAAAUGAAGAUGAUGCAGUAAUAUAUAUUUAUAUAGACAAAAUAGUUAACUUAUCAAAAAAACACUUUACUAAUUUAUCAUUUUGCGUACGAUUUUAUAAAGAUGAGAAAUAUACAUAUAAAAGCUUUGAUUUGAAGAAUGAAAUGAUAUUUGAUACUUUACUAAGUUCUAAAAAGAAACUGUGUGAUAUGCAAGAGGUUAUUAUAGAGGUGUGGCAUGAAAGAGAAGUAGAUAAGAAAAAAAGAAAAAAGAAAAAAGAAAAAGAAAAAGAAAAAAAGAAAAAAAAAAAUAUGAUAGAAAAUAAUAUGGUUGAGGAAAAAGUUAAAGACUGUGUUGGUAUAUUAAAAAUAAAUGUAAAAGAAAUUAACGAAAAUAAGAAUAUAAUGUAUUUAGAAAAAUAUAAUGAAUUGACAUUUCGUUUUUAUGACGAUAUUAAUUUUAUGUUUCGAGUUUUGUUAAUUAGGGGUUUGAAAGAUAUGUAUUCAAAUAUAUUUUUAUUUUGUAAAAAAUAUAUUGAGAAUUACGAAAUAGAUUCUCGUAAUUUUUUGUUGAAAGAUAAGAAUGACAUUGAUCCAAACGGAAUAAAUAUUAGGAAAGGAAAUAUCAAGAAAAAAAUAAAGAAAAUGAAAAAUAUAAAUAAUGUGAAUAAUAUUAAUCGUAAUGAUAAUAUUAAUAGUUCUAAUGAGUAUGAUGUAAGAUCUAAUUCUUUUCUAUCCAUUAGUGAGCAGUAUUUUAUGUAUGACUCUACGAACAUAUAUAAUAAUGAAUAUUAUAUAUACGAAAUACAAAGGGAGGUAUUAAAAAAGGGCAUACGUAGUAAUGUAAUAAUAAAUGGUGUGUUAAAAAGGAUGAGACAAAAAAUGGAGAUGAAUAAUGUAAAUAAGGAAAUAUCCAAAAGGAAAUUUAACACAAAAAAUGUUGAUAGUGAUCAUUUGUCUGAGUUGUGUAAGUAUGUUAUGAAUGAUAGUUAUGAUGAAUUAGAUCAUAGGGAAAAUAUGUAUACAUUUAAAAUGAAUAUUAUGAAUAAGGAAAAAACUAAGAAUAAAUGCAACAAUAAUAGGAAGAAUAAUAAGAAGAACAAGAACAAUAAUAAUAAUGAGAAUAAAAGGGAAAAUUAUAAUUAUAGUUAUAAUAAUUAUAAUGAGACGAAUUCAAUAUAUGAUGAUAAUAUUUAUUAUAAUAAUAGGAACUAUUUAAAUAUCGAUUUUGUUAAAGAAGAACUUUUAUUAUGGAAUAUGAAUGAAGAGGUUGUGAAUUUAUUAAUAUGUGAUAUAAAAACUAAUUGUAUUAAAGAUAAAUAUAUUUUGAAAAGUUUUUUUGAAGAAUAUAUAGAGAAAAUAUAUACAAAAUGGGAAAAAUUGUCCAAUAAAAUUUUUGUAAAGAAUAAAAAGAAUAUGAAUAUAAAUGAUAUAUGUGAAUAUAUUGAUAGUUUAUAUAUAGAUGAUGAAAAUUAUAUAAAUAAAGAAGAAUUUUUUUUAUUUUUUGAAGAUAUUGGUACAAUAUUUGUUGAUUCUAAUAUAUUUGAUGAGUUAUGUUUAUUGUUUUAUGAUAAAAAAAAAGAAUUAAUACAUUUUUCUUUAUUUGUAUCCUUAAUAAUUAAAAAAGGUGUUGAAGAAUUAAAAAAUAUGAUAUAUGGAUAUGAUAUAUUGUUAAAAUUAUUUGACUUUUUAUAUAUGGAACAUAUUAGUAUGGAAUAUUUAGAAAAUGAAUUAUUUAAAAUUUCUUUGGAUAAAAAAAAUUUUUAUUCAGAAAAAAUAAAAAAGAAUAUAUCAAGAAAUAUAUUAAUAGAUUCAAAUAUAAAUUAUAAUAAAAAUAAGAAACCAAAUGAUAACUUAUAUAUGUUUUUAAAUGAAGAGGAUAAUAUUUGUUCAUGUACCUCUUUACAUUUUUUACAUUCUAUAAGUUUUAUUUUAAAGAAAUUUAACAAUAAUAAUUUUACAACAUAUGAUUUAUUUUUCUUAGUAAAAUAUAUUAUACAGAAUCAAAAUAACUAUGUAUUAUCGGACACGUAUAUUUUUGUUAAUGUCAUUAAAGGUAUUGAAACCAUAAAUAUAACAUACUUCUUAUCUUUAUAUUAUAUAUAUAUAAAUCAAAAUAAAAAUAAUAUACAAUUAAGAGAAAACCAGGAAAAUGACACGUCAGAAAAAAUAUGUGAUGAUAAUUUAAAUAAUGUCAUAACCAUAGAAAGAAAUCAAACUCUUGAAAAGCCUCUUCAUUCUUUAUAUAAUGAUAACAGUUUGUGUAUCUCGUAUUCUGAAAAGAAAAGUGGAUAUAUAUCAUCUUAUGGGUCUGUCUAUAAGGAAAAUAGGAAAUGUAGCAACACUCUGGGAAAUGUUGAUAGAAAUAAAAAUGUUGUCGAGGUAUAUCAUAAUGAAAAGGGUUGUAUAAAUAAUAUGAUUAAUAAUGAUGAUGAAAAUAUUCCAUGUGAGAAAAAUAAAGUGACUACCACAAGAAAAGUUACAAAUGAGUUUGUAAAAGAUGAAAGGUUAAGUGAGCAUAAUGAUAAUAACAAUGAUAAUAAUAAUAAUAAUAAUAAUGAUAAUAAUAAUGAUAAUAACAAUGAUAAUAAUAAUGAUAGUAAUAAUAAUAACAAUGACAAUAAUGAUAGUAAUAAUAAUAACAAUGACAAUAAUGAUAAUAAUUUGGAUCCAGACAUAAAGAAUGUAGAUGAGUAUUUAAUAAGGGACAAGGGAGUAUAUGAGGAUCAUCUAAAUGAUGAUCAUAAUAAUGAUGAUAGUAAUAAUUAUUAUUAUGAUCAAAAAUGUUGUGAUUUAAAAAAAGAAAAGAAUACUUUAUAUUCAUCAAAUCCAUCGGAUAAAGAAAAAAGUAAAAGUCUUAAUGAAAAUUACAAUAUAAAAAAGAAGGUUAUAUUAUCCAAUAAUAAUAUUAAGAAGGACGAAAAUAUAUUUUAUGCUAAAUUAUAUAAAAGGAGAGAUAUACAAAGGAGUGUUAAAAAUUCACUUAUUAUUAUUUACCACAGAAUUGUUAGUGGGUUAAUAACUAUAGAAUAUGUAUGUGAAUGCUUAGAUACUUUUUUUAAUAAUAUUUUAAAAAAUAAAAAAGUAAAAAAUAAUAAUAAUAAUAAUAAAAACUAUUUUAUGGAUAAAUUCGAAAUUUUAAAACUAUUAGAUUCAAUAGGAAUAUAUACAUCUUACGAUAUAUCUUUGUGUAUAUUAAAGUGGUAUAUAUAUCAAAUAUAUAGAUAUGAAGAAGAAAAAAAAAAAAAAAGAAAAAGAAAAAGAAAAAAAAAAAAAAUUGAGUUACAUAAAAGUGAUAUAAUAGAUAGUUUUGAAGAUUUUAUAUUAAAUAAUAGUAUUUUAGAUGAAACUAUUAUAGAGACUUAUAAUUUAAAUGAUCAUAUAAAAAUUAUGAAAUGGUUAUUUGAAAAAUAUUUAUUAAGUGAAUAUAUUAGUGGGAAUAUAUUUUCUGGUAGUACCUUAGAAUAUUUUUUUCUAUUAUUAAAAGAAAGGAAUAUAAAUAUUACAAUAUUUUCAGAAAAAAAUAUAUUUACAUUUAAUGAUUUUUUUAAAGAAAUUGAAGAACUCAAUUUAGAGUUCCCGAAAAAUUGUAUAAGACUUUUAUUUAGUAAUUUGCUAGCAUAUGAUUUAACAUCAUUUAAUAGUUUAAAUAAUAAAUUAAUUUUUUAUGAUAAUAUUGAAUCAUAUUGGAUAAGAUGGAAUAAACUAAACUUUGAACAUUUCAUUUUUGAAAAAACUAAUAUAGAAGAUACUAAAAUGUGGAAUAUUAAAAAUGUUAAAUGUAAUAGUAUAAAUAAUACAUAUAAGAACUCUAUUAAUGAUACUAUUCAUGGAAAUAAUAUAAGUCAUUUAUUUAACCAUGUACAACAAAAAAGAAAAGAACUAACUAAAAAUAAAGAAAAGGAAAUGAUUUCUAUAAAUAUAAAUUGUAAUUCAUAUAAUGAUAUAAAUACAUGUGUACAAGAAGAAGAUACUUUUUCUGUACCAAAUAAAAGAUUUAUUGAUGUUGGAAAUAGCCAAGGGAAAUAUUAUUAUUCUUAUUUUUAUGCUUUGCCAUUAUAUAGUUUAUUCUUUUAUUUUUCAAAACAAAAAAUAUUGAGUGGAGAUAAGUUGUUAAGAUAUUUUUUUAUAAGUAUUUUUAAAUAUGAAUUAAACAAAAUAAAUAUAAAUAAUUAUUUGAAUAAUUAUUAUACACUUUAUGAUUUUGUAGAUAUAUGUAAAGAUAUCAUUUUGUAUAAUGAUAAUACGGAUGAUAUAUUGUACCGAGAGGACUUUUUUAAAUUACUAAUAUUAAUAAAUAAAAAAUAUAAAAAAAAAACAGGUGAGGAUGUUAUAUCGAAAGAAAAUUCACUUGAAAUAUUUUUAAAGAGAAAAAGUCAUUAUUUUUCUCCCAUGUUUAAGCAGAAUUGGGGAUGUAUAAAAAGGGAUAUAAUAAGUUUGGAGCUUAAUCUUAUCUAUCACAAUAAUAAUAAAGAAGAAAGUAAUAAUGAUGCAAGUAAUAAUAAUAAUAAUGAUGAUGAUGAUGAUAAUAAUAAUAAUUAUCAUUAUUAUUAUAAUAAUUAUCAUUAUAAUAAUAAUUGUAAUAACUAUUUGUUGAAUUUACAACAAUGUAAAACUUUCAAUAAUUAUAACGAAAAAGAUCUACACCAAUAUUCAAAUGAGCGUCUUUAUAAUAACUUAACAAAUGUAAACCUUAUUAAUAGUAAUAUAGUAGGGGGGGACUCUAUAGAACACAGAAAAAUUCUUUUGAAUAAAAAAGGAGAUAUAGAAAAUGAAGAUGAAGUCAUUAUAAAUUUUUUUAAAAGAAAUAAAAAAGUUAUAAAAUAUAUUCGAGAAUAUUUUUAUAUAUUUGUAUUUUUUCAAAAGAUUAUACAUAAUAAAGAAAAUUGUUAUGAUUUGUGUUUUUAUGAAAAAGAAAUAGUAUUUUAUCAAAAGAAAUUGAAAGAAUAUUAUUUAAAACGUAAUCAUGUAAAUAAUUAUAAUAGAUGUAUGAAAAAUAAAAUAGAUAAUUAUAAAUUCUAUGAUAAAUAUGGAUAUGCUAUACCUUCCAUACAAAAAAUGAAAAAAGGAACUAGUAACGAUUGUAAUGAUAAUUCUUCUUUUAUGUUUUUAUAUAAUGAAGUAAAUAUUUGUAAUGAAGAGAAAAGAUUUGGAUGUAAAGAAUAUGCAUAUAUGGUAUAUCCAUAUUUAUUACUUUUAAGCGAUUUUAUAAAAAGAAUGAUACAUAUAUAUAAAGAAGAUUAUGUUGAUGUUAUAAAAAAAUUAUUUAUUAUGGAAAAAAAUAAAGAAUUUGUAGAUGAGAAUAUGAUGGAGAAAGAUAAAGAAAAAGACAAAAAGAAAAAAAAAGAUGUAAAAAAAAAAAAAAAUAAAAUUGAACAUUCAACCUUUUUAUAUAAAUUAGAAAAUAUCAUGUCAAGAUCUGGUAGUUUCGAUUAUAAGGAAUGGAAUAAAUUAUAUUUAUUGUGUGAACAUUUAGAUAUAAGAAUUGAUACUUUGAUUAUACGAUUAAUUAAUAUAUUAGAAAGGAAUAAUUAUAUUAAAGUAUGUAAUGUAAUGAAUGGAUGUAUCUUAUUUAAUGAUUAUCAUAAUUAUUAUAAUAAAAGUAGCUAUAAUAAUAAUUAUAAUGAAAGACAUAUAUUAUUUAACCUUAUAUACAAUAACAACAGAUGUGAUCAUAAUAUAGAGGAAAAGAGUAAUAUUAUAAUGAAUAAGAUAAUGGAUAAUAAGUAUAAUAUAGUAGAACAUAAAAAGAGAACACAUCGUAUGUUUUCUUUAUACGAAAAAGAAGAAAAUGAUAUAUAUAUAAAACAUAUGAAAUAUUUAAUAAGUUUCAAUAAGUUAAUAUUAAAUGAUUUAUAUAUAUAUAAGAAAAUAAGAAAACCAAAAAAUGAAAAGAUAUGUAAUAAUAUGAAUAUAAACAAUUUAGAUGUAUAUAUAUAUAAAUAUAUAAUACAUGAUAGAUUAUAUAUAAAUUAUUUAUCUUAUUUAUAUAUCAGAAUAUUAUUUAAUGAAUGUUUAUUAACAGGAAUAAAUAUUAAUACAAUAUUUUAUGACAUAAAAAAUAAAAAUACAUUUAUAAAUAUAUUAUUAAGAUAUUUUAGUCAUAUAUUUUGUGAGUAUGAUAUAAAUAUUCUUUCAAAGAAUUAUUCCUAUCAAAUUAAUAUGACAUCUAUUCAUUUAAGUGAAUAUCAUAAUAUGGUAUCUUUAAAAACAUUUCUUAAUGAUAUAUAUGAACAGGGAUUAUAUUAUAAUACUUAUUUAAGGAAAAUAUUAUUUUCUUUCUUUUUUAAAAAUUCAAAUAUAUUUUAUAUGUAUAUGAAUCAUGGACAAGAGAAAAACGGUGAAGACAAUUUAUUAUUAUCAUGUGAGAAAUUAAAACAAAUAUUAUGUUAUAAUGGAAUAUUUUUGUCGUGGGCAGAAAUAUAUGAUUUUUUCCAACCGCUUAAUAAGUAUUGUGUAAUAUAUCAUAAUAGGUCUUAUGAUAAAAGACAUGGGGAAAAUGAAACUCCCUAUAUAUUAAAAGCGUAUAUCAAUAUAUAUAAUUUGGUAAGUAUUUCAAGGAGGAUGAUAAGAGGAAGGUUGGACGAUAUUAAAAAUGUUGAAAAUGUUAUAAGUGUUGAUACUAGUAUAAAUAUAGAGAACUAUAAUAAAAAUGAGAUAUCUGGGGAAAUAUAUGAUGAAGACCAAAAUAAACCUAUAGGUCAUAAUAAUUACAUGAAUAAAAACAUUUCAGAUCAUAUAUAUAAUAAGAAGGUGUUACAGCAAGAUAGUAUGGAAGAAAGGCUAUCAAAUGUAAAUCAUGGUUAUAUUAUGGAUGUCGAUAGAAAAGCAGAAAGGAUAAUUUCAUCAUCUAAAUAUAAUAAUAACAAAACCUGUGUUUUAAAAAGAGAUGGUUCAGUUGAAAUGAACAACGAAAUAGAGAAGGAGGAUGAUACAUAUUUGGGUAGUACGAAAUAUAUAAAUAGACACAUAUUAUUAUGUCAUAAAAUUGAUGAAGACGUGAAAGAUGAAUAUACAAAAAAUCAAGAUACAUAUAAUAAUAAUAUGAAUACCUUAUUUAAAUUAAACGAAUGUGAUAAGAAAAAAGGAGAAAUAAAAAAUAUGUCCCUAAAUAAAAAUGAUAAUAUAAAGAAAGGGUGUUAUCUAAAAUGCAAAAGUCAGAAUGAUGAAAAGGAUAAUAAAUUGCUAAAUAAUAAAAAUAUUACAACAAUUAGUAAUUAUAUGAGUCCAUGUAUUUAUUCUAAUAUGAAAUAUAACAUUUUAGAAACGUCCAAUAAUAUAUUUUAUAAUUUGAGUUUCACAAAAUUAACGUUGGGAAGAUUACUAUAUCUAUUAUUUUUAAAAAUGAAUAAUUUAAUGAUAAAAAAAAAAUUAUAUUUUGAACAAAUAUAUUUCGGUAUGAAGAAUAUAAAUUAUGAAGAUAUAAAAAAAAAAGAAAUGGAAAGAGCGUGUACUUUAUUUUUAAAUAUGAAAAAUGAUGAAUUGAAUAAUAUUAUUCCUGAUAAUUUUAUAUUAUAUAAAAAUGAUAUAAGAAAUGGUAUCUUUUUUAAUAUAUUUCUUUUGAAAGAUACGUAUGAAGAAAUGUUCUCACAAGAACAAGAGGAAGAUGCAAAGGUCUCUAUAUACAAUUUUAUAUCUUAUUAUGAAAAAAAAAAAAAUGAUACAAUAUUUUCGAAUUAUUCAUUUGUUUACAAUUUUAGUUUUGAAUGGAUAAAUUGUAUGAAACUAAAGAAUGAAUAUAUAACUAAGGAGGAUUGUGUGAAAUUAAUUUGUUCUUUUAAUAUGGAUAAUAAAACAUGGGACGAAAAUAAAAGAGUUAACCGUGUAAAAAUAAAUGAUGAUAAGAUAAAAGAUAAUAAGACGAAUGAGUUAUUUAACAAUGUAAAUAUUAUAAAUGAAAAAAAGAGCUUAUUAUCUCAUACAUUAUCAAAACAGGAAAUGAUGAAAAUAUUUGAAAAAAAUAUUAAAGGGAAAUGGAAAAAAAUCUUAUUAUCUAUUUUUGAUGAGAAGAAUUUUUAUGUUCAUAAUUUACGCAUAUUUUUUAAAGAAUUUACUGGUAUAAAUACAUAUUUAAGAAAGAUUAAAGAAAGGAAGUAUAAAAAUAAUUUUAAGGAUAAUAAAAUAUGUGAUGAUAAUAAAAAAGAAGCUGAUUCAAAAAUAGAACAUUUAAAAGUAGAACAUUCUAAAGAACAUUCUAAAGAACAUUCUAAAGAACAUUCCAAAGUAGAACAUAGUACAUUUUCUUUAAAUUAUUAUUGUUGUCUUGGUGGUGAAGAAAUAUUUCUAUCGAACAUAUUUUUUGAUUACAACCAAAAUAAUAAUAUACCUCCUUUUGAUGAUAAGAUAAAAUCUUGUGAUGAUAAAGAGAGUAAAAGAAAUAUAUAUAAAGAAGAUAUUAUAUAUAUAAAUCAUCUAUUUGAUCAUAAGUUUUCUACCAUAAAAGAAAAAGAUAUUAUAACUUUAUUUAAACAUAAUAAGGAUAUGAUAAAAAUAAAAUUAUAUUAUAAUGAAAAUGUUAUAGCAGAAGCGAAUUUACAUAUCCUAGAAUUUUUUUCUAUAUUAAAAAACAAGGACAAGAUAAAAGAUCAUAAAACCUUAUGUUUUGUUGUUUCUUCUGAGGAUACACAAAAAGAUAUUUUAUUUUUAGAUAUUGAUAUUUAUUAUGAAAGAAAAAAAAUGUAUGCUGAUAUGCCUAUUUUCCAAACUACCAAUAGAAAAAUAGAAGAACACAAGUUUGAUGUGGAAAAUGUGAUUGAAUAUAUAGAGCAAAUAAAUAAUAAGGAUCAGCCAAAUGUAAGUAUUGAAAACAAUAGAAAUAAAGGUAGCAUACCAAAAAAUGUGAACACAGAAUAUUGUGUCGAUACUCAUAAUAAAUUAAAUGAUGUGGAUGAUAUUGUGAAGGUUACUAAUGUAGAAACGGAUGUAAAUACAAAUGAAAUGAACAUUACGCCAAAUUUAGAAGACCAACAAAACAAUUUUAAUAAGGAUGAUGUUCUAUGUAAUAGUGCUGAAUAUACUUUAUUGAGAAAAAAAAAAAUCGGAAAUAAUUAUUAUUUAGAAUAUAAUAAAAAUGAGGAAUUCCAUCCUAAAAAAGGAAGUAUAAAAAAAGAAGAAGACAUACAAAAUGUUACACUUUUAAAAAAUAAAUCAUUUGUUAGUUUUGCGCACUUAACUAUAGAUCAUAUAAUUAUUCCGAUAUGUUUAAUAAAUGAAAUUAGUAAAAAUGUUAUAGAAGGACAUGAAGGGAUGAAAUUACAUGAAGGGAUGAAAUUACAUGAAGGGAUGAAAUUACAUGAAGGGAUGAAAUUACAUGAAGGGAUGAAAUUACAUGAAGGGAUGAAAUUACAUGAAGGGAUGAAAUUACAUGAAGGGAUGAAAUUACAUGAAGGGAUGAAAUUACAUGAAGGGAUGAAAUUACAUGAAGGGAUGAAAUUACAUGAAGGGAUGAAAUUACAUGAAGGGAUGAAAUUACAUGAAGGGAUGAAAUUACAUGAAGGGAUGAAAUUACAUGAAGGGAUGAUAUUACAUGAAGGGAUGAAAUUACAUGAAAGGAUGAAAUUACAUGAAGACAUAUUUGUUGCGAUUUAUAUUGAAGUAUAUGAAAAGGUGAGUACAUGUGAAGAAACAAAAAAUGAACAACAUGUACAAGAAGAUGAAAGAGGUAGGUACAGAUUAUUAUCUUGUUCUGUUCCGAAAAUAAUAAAUUGUAAGAAAAAUGAAAAUAUGAAUUUUACGAGUGAAGUAUGUGUGGAUCCCAGCAUGGGUUUUCUUCCUACCAAUCGAUACGAUGAUAAAGAUAAUGAGGUUGAUGAUAAUAAUUUUGAUCCAAAUAAAUUUCAUAAUAAAUGUAACAAUAUAUGUCAUAAUGAUCAUCAUGUUGAGGAUCACAAAUUUAAUAAACCCCAAGAGUGUGCAGGAAAAAAUAUCAAGCUUCAUAAAACAAUGACCAACCUGAAAAAGAAGGAAAAACAUAUAAAAAUAUUUGAGAAACAUUUAAAUAUACAUAAUAUAAAAGUAAAACAUCAUGAAAUUAUUAAAAGUAAGAACUUAUUUAUAGAAGGGAAAAUAAUUAUAAGGGCCAUUAUAUCUUUAAAUUAUAUUUCAAAAGAUAUAGUUAUUGGGGAGCAUUGUUUUAAAAUAAAAAAUAUGUUAUAUAAAAAUAAACGUAUGACAUAUUAUUCAGAGAAUUUAUUUCAUUCUAUAAAUAAUAAAACGGAAACAUUAUCAAAUGAAAAAAAAAUAAAUGACAAAAAUGAAGUGUGUGAUAAGGAAAAUAAAACAAAUGGUGAUAAAAACCUAAUGUAUGAUCAUCUUAUAAAAUGCGAAAAUAAUAAUAAAACAAGUUCGAGCAACCCAGUAGAUAAUAAUACCAAAACUGUUUCUUCUGAAAAUAAUAUAAAGAAUAAUAUAGAGAAUAACAUUUUUGUGAAAAAUAUUGUGGAAAAAAAUAUUAUUGGAUAUAUAUCUUAUCAAUAUGAAAUAAAAGAAUAUAAAAAUGAAGAUUAUGAAAAGGUUAAUAAAUGUACACUUCCAAAUUUUAUUCCUAUAUAUUUUUUAAAUAGUGAUGGUGAUAGUGAUGAUAAUGGUGAUGGUCAUGGUCAUGGUCAUGGUGAUGGUCAUGAUGAUGAUAAUGGUGAUGGUCAUGGUGAUGAUUUAUUAUAUAAUACUUUAUAUGAAAAAUUAUUUAGUGAUAUAUUAAGAAAAUUAAAUUAUAGAAAAUAUGUUAAUGUAGACAUGUUUAUAUAUUCUUUAAAAGUUAGUUCAUAUAAAAAGCAUAUAAAUUAUUUUAAAAGAUUUUUCUUUUAUUUUAUAAAAUUGGACAAGAAAUUAUUUUUCCCCUUAAAAAGUGUAUUAAAGAUAUUGGCCUUACGAAAAUUAUCGUUUCACUUUUUAAGUUGGAUAAAUUAUUUUUUUCAUGAAAUACAAAAAUAUUUUUCAUGUUUUAAUUUUCUUGGUAUAUUUGAAUGGCCCUACUUAUUAAAAUGUGUUUUAAAAUCUCAGGAUGAGUACAUAAAGGACGAAAAAAAAAAAAAAAAAAAAUUAGAAAAUAACAAGGUGGUUACUAAAUAUAGGUACACCAUUGGUGAUAAUAAUGAUGAUGAUAAUAAUAACAAUAAUAAUAAUGAUGAUGAUAAUAACAAUAAUGAUGAUGAUGAUAAUAACAACAAUAAUAAUAAUAAUGAUGAUGAUUAUAACAAUAAUAAUAAUAAAAUAAAAGAGGAAAAAACAAAUUCUGUCGAAUCGAACACAUGUAGUCAUCUAAACUUUACAAAUUGUAGUAAUGUAUCCAUAAGAUAUUCAAGCAUUAAAAAUUAUAAGAAUGAAAAAAAUAAUGUAGAGAAAAAAACAAAAAAGAGAACAAAAAAUAUUCAAGGGAAAAUGUUAAAUGAAAAAGAUUGGUGGCUGUUAAAUAAUUGGAAUUAUUGGCAUUUAAAUUGUGAUAAAAAAAAUUAUUUCUUCUUAUAUUUAUUUAUAAAUGAUAUACUUCUUUUUUAUGAAGAAGAAAAAAACUUUUUUAAAAAUAGGAAGAAAUAUAAAAGGAUAGAUGAUGAUGGUAUUUAUAAUAAUAAUUAUAAUAUAUGUUCAUUUAUUCAUGUUGAUAAUAAUAACGAAGAAAAUGAUCAAGAUAAACAAAAGUUUAUAUUCUUAGAUAAUAAAAAGGAAAAUUACAAAAGUGGAGGUAAUGACUUACCAAGAAAAGAAAAAUAUAACUUAUUAAAUUUUAAAAAUAUAAAAAAAAAUACACAUCUAAAUAAUAUAAAGAAUGAAGAAAUAACAUAUUCUAUCUUUUCUAAUACAAAAAAGAAGAAGAAUGACUACUUAUCAAAUGAAAAAAAACAAAGAAAAGAAGUAAUAAAUAAUACUAAUAGGAGUAAUAAUAAUAAUAAUAAGACAUCUAUUUAUCAAUACAACACAUUGAAAGAUACAGAAAAUAAUAAAAUUCCAUAUGAUCAUAUAAUAUCAAAUAAUAAUUCACCAUAUGAUUUUGUGGAAAAAAAAGAAAAAAAAACAUUUUUCAAUUUAGGUUUUCAUGAUAAUUUAAAAAAUAAAAUUAACAAUCUGUUUAAAAAUGAUAAAAAAGAUUAUUUACAAACAUAUAAUAAAUAUUACAUUUUUGUAAAAGUGAAAAAGUUACUUUAUCCCUUACCUUUUAUAAAUAAUAAAAAGCCCAAUAUAUUUUUAACAUACCAAAUUGUAUUGAAUAAUUAUGAUUUCAUUAAUAAACAUGAUAUAUUUCCUUUCUCCUUAAAAAAAAAAAAAAAUUAUAUUAUUAACAAAGUUCAAGCACAAACAAAAAUUUAUUAUAAUGAUUGUUAUCCAUAUAUUAACAAUUCAGAAAUAUUAAAAUUACCGGAUAUAAAAGAAUUAAAUAAUACUUUUAAUAAACAUUUUGUACAAACUCAAGAUGGACACUUGGAUUUUUAUCUACAAAACUUAUCAUUACAAAUAAAUUUUUAUCAUGUCAUGAGUAAUAAAUAUAUAACAUCUCAUCUUAAUAUUUAUCAAGAAAAUGAUAGAAUCACAUCAAGUAAUAAUAUAUAUGAUAAUACAUCAGAAUUUUCAACGAAUAUUAAUUUAUAUAAUAUGGAAUAUGAAAAUAAUAAACAUAAGGAAAAAAAUAUAUUAAUAGCUAAAGCAUUCAUUCCUUUUAAUUUACUCUUAAAAAAAAACAAAACAAAGAUUAGUGUGCCAUUAUUUUUCUCUCCAUUUUUUACAAAAGGUGUUAAUAAAAAUGAAGUUGAAGUGAUACUAAAAUAUGAUACAAAUAUAAGAGAUUAUUUAAAAUAUGAAUAUAUGAACGAUAUACAUGAGAAGAAUAAGCAUAGGGGCGGAACAGAACGUAACGAGGAGGAUACCAAAAGGUGUAUCCAUAUAAAAGAUAUAAAUAGGAAUAAUAAUAUAAAUAGGAAUAAUAAUAUAAAUAAUAAUAAUAUAAAUAAUAAUAAUAUAAAUAAUAAUAAUAUAAAUAAUAAUAAUAUACAUAAUAAUAAUAUACAUAAUAAUAAUAUACAUAAUAAUAAUAUACAUAAUAAUAAUUACAGUGACCUGUAUUAUAAAAAAAUCAAGAACAAUAAUAUACAUAUGAAUCAGCUUAGUAUAUCAAAUGAUUUAAAUACUAGUUUACGUGUUAUAGAGGAAAAAAAUAAAAACGAAUUUAUCGAUUUGUCAAAUAUACCUUUAUUAACAUUACCUAAAAUUCCUCCACCCAUAUCUUAA